AUGUUCCUCUGUCUCCACCAGCACCUGUCCAUCUCCAAUGGCAACAUCCAGGUGGACGCGUCCUUCAUGCAGACUCUGUGGAACGUCCACCCCACCUGCUCCGGCAGCAACGUGGAGGAGGGUAGGUUCAUUUAGCGUCACUGGCUUAUAAUGUUGUUUGAAAUGUUGUGGGUAUCAAUUAAAGGUGCUGUUAAUCCAUCCUCCUAAAGGUUACCUGCUGGGUGGCCAUGUGUUGCGUCUGUUCCAUGGUCAUGAUGAGGUUUUGACCAUCCCAGGGUCCGACCAGAGUGAUGAGCAACAGAGGUGAGACCUACAGCUGGGAAACGGCUAAAGACUACAAUAAAUUAGUUUUCCCCUUAGUCUGUUGUGAAAGUGGCCUAAGAUCAAAUCAGGCUAAUUUCUCUGGCCGACCUGGCUGACACUGGCUGGAUUGAGGCAAUUUACUGUCUUGGCUUCCUCUGGACCCAACAGGAUGUUGUCACUACUCAGUGUGAAGCUGGGUCCGAGAGGAGCACAGAAAAAUGUCUGCCUUGUUUUCUAUAGUCACGCAGCACUAGGGCUGACAGCCUGCAAGAUAGCAGAGGGAAAUGGCACUUGGGGGUCGGGGAGACAUUACUGUAGCCCGUAUAAACAUUGCCAGGCGCCGAAGACAUGUGAAGGACCCUUCAUCUUCCUCCCAGUCACACUGUCUAUUUUUAGCUCACUGUGUGUGUGUGUGGCAAUAUGCUGCUGAAUAAAUAUUGGUUGUCAGCCUUGGCUUUCCGUUUAGACCUUGAAAUGUAAUAGAGGGAGCAUUUUCGUAAAACCUUACAUUUUCAUGAAGGUCCAUCAAACAUAGUCCUAACAGUCAACAAGGGCCAUGAAAUAUCAUUUUUAUGUCUGGAGCCAGUCACCUACAUCAGUAAUAGACAGUGUUGCUCUCAGUCCCCGUUGGUUACGUGGGUGUCCUGGAUAAAGGAUGUGCUCUGUUGCCGGGAGGGUAAAUAUUAAGGUUAAUCUGAGGUCCCAUUCUGAGCCUUCCUUCCUUUGUGCUGAUAUCACUAUGACAGAAGGGAAUAAAGCAGUCAGAGUUGGUAUCAUGUGUCAUAAAAACAUGACCUUGAGACAAUUAUGAGCCUGUGGCAGUAUUAAAACAUUACAGAGAUCCAGACCUUUCAUCCUCAUGCACCUCUUGUGUCCCCAGGUUAGUGAACUAUGAGACGGGAAAUGCAGGAGCCAAGGCCAGGUCUCUGUGGAGGCUGGAGCCUCUCAGAAUCAGGUGAGUUCAGCUCUUUUUAUUCCCUCCAGCUUCUCUCUCUAGGUGUUCUAUCUCUCCCUCUCUCUCGCUCUGCUCCAACUCACUUUGAUGUUUCAUGAUGCUUUGAGUCAGCCUUUUUGACCCCAACCAUUUGUAAAGUCUUUGAAAGAUUCAAUAUCUGUGGCUUUUCUCUCAGAUAUGCCCUGAACUGUCAGAUCUGGAAUUUGUCAUCCAUGUUUCAUCUGCUAUGGUUUUGACCCUGUUUUGUUUUGAUGUAAGCAACUGGGAAAUGUCUAGUCAUAAGAAUGGGUAUUACAUGCCUAAUUAUUCAGGUGUUUUCAGCCAUUUAGUACUUAUCUAUGCACAUGACAUGAUACCAGCUAAUUAACAGCUAGCCUGGCUGCUAGUUCAUCAUGUGUACACAAUCUAAUUAGGGGAUAUAAUGCUUCUAGGGGCUAGUAGGCUGUUGUUCUUGAUACCGUUGUGUGUGCGCACGUGCGUGUGUCUCUGUGACCCUGGACAGCUGGAGUGGGAGUCACAUUCGCUGGGGUCAGCCCUUCCGUCUCCGCCACCUCACCACGGGGCACUACCUGGCGCUGAUGGAGGAGAGGGGGGUGGUGCUUCAGGACCGGGAGAAGUCUGACACAUCCUCCACCGCCUUCUGCUUCAGAGCCUCCAAGGUCAGCGCUUAGGACCAGCUAUCUCUCACACACACACGCACACACACACGCUCGGACGCACACACACAUACACACACACACCUCAGACUGUUUCUCGAUCACAGUCAAGGACUCAGCCACACACUCCCUCACAGAGAGCCAGUGAAAUGACAUUAUGGCUCUAGGAACAAUUCUAAAGACUUUUAAAUGAAUGAAUCGCCCACUCUCCUUGAACUGGAAAAUGUCAAUUUCUUUCAAGGAAAAUGGAAAACUGCAUGAGUUAUUACGCACAUGAAAGCCACGCCAUAAAGGUUAAUUUAGCUGAAGUUGCUCUAGAAAUGUAUCGACCUGCGGCGCCAUACCAACCAGGACUAAGGUAUUUAAGUCUAUUCUUGGUAAGGGUGCUUUAGACGUAGCCAGUGAUUGGGAGCAAUUAGUGACCUCCUCCUUAUGGAUCAAUAGCAUGGUGUAACCCACCAUUUUACUGAGGCAGUUUAUCAUAGGCUUAAUACACUUUACAUUUCAUACCUUUCUAUUGUGUCUGUUCUUAAUAGGGAAACAAAUCAAUGGUGAUACAUGGGGGCUUGCCUGUGGCCAUCCUCUGUCACUGUUGCUCAGUGAUAUAGGCUAUACGCACUGUAUCUCCUCUUCCUGUUUUUUCCUCCCACUGCCUCUCUAUUAGCCUAGCCAUUCUAGCGUGUGUACUAUUAUAGAAAGAUGUCAGUGCUCCUCCAGUCCUUGACCAGCCUGAUACAGAUCUGUCAGCAUCUUUUAAAUUGCUUUUCAUAGAUCAAGUUCCGUCAACACCUGCUGCUUUGCAUAAUCAAAUGUGUGAUUUGAAUAAAGCUGCAUACCUUGUCUGGAGCCUGGCUUGGAGACUUUCAUUAAAGUUUCAUUAAAACUGAGUGUUUCAUGUUGAUGUGUUUGGAUCCUUCCUUCCCUCCAGGAAAAGCUGGAGUCGAGCCCAAAGCGGGACAUGGAGGGCAUGGGGACGGCGGACAUUAAGUAUGGGGACUCAAUCUGCUUCGUCAUGCAUGCGGCCACGGGACUCUGGCUGUCCUACCUGGCGCCUGACGUAAAAUCAUCUCGCCUGGGCCCUCUCAAGAGACGG